UCGCACGCGCGCACAUCGAGAAUCUCAGCAGGUGACCGCGCGGUGGUGCUUUUGCUACGAAAAGAAAGCAGACGACAGAGGUUAAUCGAAAGUUCCGGUUUCUGACUGUGGUUCGCAGGACUGCGGAAGGUUCCGUGUUUUGUGGACAAGUCCAGAGAGUAGCGACAUACGUGAAUACGGAGUGAUUGUGCAAGAAGUACUUUUCAACGUGAUACUGGAUUUUUUUAAAGGAAAACUAUUUCGUUCCUGGAUCGUCUGCGUUUGGAAGAUUCGUAGUUUCAUCGGCUAGAAACGAGAAGGUGGUUUAGCACAAAAAAUGAGGUUCUCGACGUCACCAUCCACAAGAACAGCAGCCGUGGCCUUGCUGUUGGCCACCUUGAUAGUGACGUCACCCACCCCGGGUAGCGGCGCCGCUGGGGUAGUCGAAUGGGCAGCGCAAGCGUCCGACUUUCUCGCCCCCUUGCGGUCUAUGUGGAAACGUGCCUCCCUUCGUGACUCCCCCGUCUACUACGUCAGCACCUUCCUGCGACCCAAGCAACCCCCGAAGCCAGCGGCUGACAUUUUCUCACCGCUUUUCAAGCUCCCCAUUCAGUUUAUGUCCAACGCGCGCCCUCUCGAGGUUGUUAAGGGACUCAGCAAGCAGACACUGACGAAGCCCUUCAACAAGAAGAAUCUCUACCAAAACUCCAAGAUGUUUUACCUGCCACUUAAGUUCCUGGCUAACGGAAAGCCCAACCGACGAGUCAUCAUCAAACCGCGAUCGUUUUAUUUGACAAGAUAGAAGACAUCACAAAGAAAACUACCCUCAAGUUUACAGGGGGAUACAGCUCACAAGUUCCAUUUUGUACAGCUACGCCGCAUUCACUUGUGUGCGUUGUGCUUCGCAGGAAUUCGUCUCUUCCUACGCGGCAGAAAGUAGAUCCCAGUCGUUGGAGAAUGCGGAGGGAAUUUUUGUGCGCUAAACGAACGCACUUGUAUAACCAGCGGAACUCUGUCGGUGCGGCGUCCUCAGUGUCGUCUGCAACGUCGUCUGCUUCUACAACAGUGCUACGAUCGGUGUUCACAGGAAGUGGACCCAAUGACGUCAGGGUAUUUCGGAGUUCAUUCGUAUAGCCGUCGCGUUCUGUUCUGCGCCACCGCGCAUGUAGCUCCAUCUCUUAUGCGAGUUACUAAACAUGGUUACUAGAAUAAGAUGCUUAUGGGGCCGUCGUUCAUACAGCACUCGCAGAAAUUGCUUUAAGAAUACGCCGACUUAAAUGCUUCACAAGCAGAAAAAGCGACAUAGCAAAGGAGCCGCGUUGCCGGCCGCGCACGUGACUCGUCUCCAUAAAAGGUCGCGAGAAGCACGGUCGUGAUUGGCGGACUCUUAACGACUAUACAUCACGUCGUUUAACGGUCUUUAUUUUAGGUGGCGCUGUCAAUGCUGAUUUCCCAGCGGUUUCCCAGCAUUUCCUGUUUAUCGUACAGACGAUUGUGAACUUACAUGAUCGAAGUUACCGUUCACCCAUAUUGGCCUUUUUUUAUUUUAAUUUUUCUUUUUCUACUCUCUCUCGCCUCCCUUCCCCUCUUUAUUCGCAGCAGCUAUAUUGACGCUUUUUUUUUUUUCGUUUUUUACGACAUGAUCGAACAUAUUCGUGAGCGCUGUUAGCAUCUUCCCCAUUCCUACUGGCUAUGAUUACGGUGAACUCUAAGAGCGGACUUCUGAGUGUGUGAAAUGAACUGUGACGCCUAUUGCGCCUAUUUCGUCAAGGACACUUUAGACAUAGUUUUUCUUUUUUCCUUGUGUUUUUAGUGCGGCUUCUUUUAUCUUUUCUUUUCUUUUUUCUCUUCUUUUUACUCAUCCAAACGGAAGACGGACCCUAAUGUGCCUUGAGGAGAACGUGUUGUCCGCUUUCUUCUUCUUUUUUUUUUUUUUUUUUUCCUUAUUGUUCAGUAAAUGAUUUUUUUUUUUUUUUUCGUUCCCGUUUUUACCCAGAGUGGUGCCAUGAAUGAAGUGCUAGCGCCUGUGUUUCGUUGAUUGAUUGAUUGAUGAAUGUUGUGUGAGAUUCGCAGUGCGGUUGCGAACAAGCUGCAAGAGUGUUUGAUCGUUUGUUGAGAUAUGUUUCGCUUUUCAGAGGUUAUUGCUUGCAGCACCAGCAAUCAGAUAACGCAGCGAGAUUUGAUUGGUUUAAACCACCUGCGAAGAGACUAGCAGCACCACUUCGAUACUACUUAUAGAUAUUAUUACACUCAAAUGGAGAGCUUGAAUGCUUGAUAUCAAGGACGCUCAAGUAUAAUAUGCGAUGAACAUAGCAGGAGCUCCUGCGGAAACUGCCCAGUCUGUAACGCCACCUAUCGCGGCGAAGGCGAACUGGACCGUAGUUGUACUUGGUCCAGCAGAUGGCGCAACCUGUGUAAUUAGUACAGAGAAUGAGUUGGAACGGGUGAAUAAGCGGGACUUUGACAAAUUAUUUUUCUGUUUUUUUAUACUUCUUUAGUUUCUGUAAAGUUCGAUAAAAUGCGUGAUGUGUACAUAUUUCAUCUCAUGUCAGGAGUUCGAAGCUUUUUUGUGCCUUGUACAUGUGCUGCCUUGUACAGAAGGUUUGAGUGAGCUUUUGAUGUGAUUACAGUUUAUGUGAAAUAAAAAAAAAACACUUCAAGGGUUACCACCAGUUUGGAAUGUAAAUACAUUACCAAGGUAAGAUUUGACUGGCCUUUUUUCUUCUUCUUCUUCGUUUGUGUUUGCUGCCGCGAAGCUGCCGCGAGUUUGAGUUCGUAAUUUUUUUUUUUUUAUUAUUAUUGAAAGAUGAUUGUUUUGUAGUUUUGAAGUGCCUAAAACUGACACGAAGCAAAGCUGUUUCCUUCUAUGUACACGCGUUCUACAUUUCUCCGUUGUGCUUGUGGGAAAUAAACGAUUUCGAA